CGAGUUGAGAAAACGAGUGCCCCAGUAAACGAUCAGGCUACACAAUGCAGUGUCGCGCUUUAUUUACCCACUCAGAGUAAUAUUUUCUGCCAGCGAAGCAAAGUGUCAGAGGACAGUCGGCGCGACCAAAUGCUGUUCGUCUUCGCUCUGGUCGCAGGUACCACCGCAUUCAAUAUUCUUCAUUUGGCGGAUUUCCACUUGGACGUCGACUAUUCUGUGUUUGGAGACAAUGAGAACAUGUGCCAUAACACCACUAAUGCCACAGAGGAUCGCUUGGGUCCCUUUGGAGACUACAUGUGUGACUCGCCA